AAUCAGACAUGCCAACGUGCUCACAUCUCCUUCGUCCUUCUGAUUCAGCUCAACCUCACCAUCGUCUUCGAUCGCCGUCUCCCGUUCUUCUUCCCCCGGCAAAGCUCUGAGGAAGACCUCCAAUGGCGUCCCUAGCGACCCAUUUCACGGCAUUCCUCCUCCUCUUCCCGACCGGCUUACGGCGCCUCUUCUCUUCCUCCUCCCUCUACCUCUCCAACCCCUCCCUCUUCCGAUCCAAGCCCUGGUACUUCUUCUCCUCUGCCCCUAAAUCCCCUGGCUUCGAUCUCUACCUCCUCCUCAUUGCCCUCCCCAUUUCCUCCUUCUCCGAGCUCUUCCUCUUCCUCACCUUCUCCGGGCCCUCCUCCUACCGCUUUGCCUUCUCCCAGCAAUCCCUCACCCUCCUUUUCUUCUGGCUACUCCUCCUGUUCAUCCUCCUCAGAGAACACACUGAUUCAUUGUCCGUAAUCAGCGAAGGCCUCGUCUUCGUCCUCGUCGGGAUCACCUUCCUGAUUGAGUUCUCCUUCACCGGGAGUGGAAUCUCGGGCCUCGGUAUCACCGGAGCCGUGUAUGGGCUGCUUGGCAGACUGACCCUCCUGUGUGCCCUUUGCUGUCUCUAUUUGGCACUAAAGCCGACAGCAUUCUGGGCGGAGUUUGUUCUGUCCUGCGGUCUGGUGUUUAAGGGGACGUGGGCUUUGCAGGCGGGGCUGUCUCUGGGCACCGACGCCUUUGUCCCGAAGGGGUGCCAGAAACUGAGUGCCGUCACCGGGCAAGAGACCGCUGAUUUGAAGUGUGGGCUUCAGGAGGAUUCGCUGAGAGGCGUGGCCCUGAUGAAUCUGUUGUUUGUCGGGCACGCGAUUUUGGUUUUGGUGAUGGGCGUCGUGUUGUUUGGGGUUUCUUCAUUGUCUAGUAGAGGUUCGAGGUUUGGUGAUGCCCAUGGGCCGUUGUUAGCGCAGCUCGAGUCGGAGAAUGCCCCGAUUCGGCCGAUACACGAACUUGAGCUUGAGUAGAGAUCAAUAGCUCUAUCUUUCGUUUGACUGAUAGUAGUUCAGCUGUAUGUAGGAGUUUUGGGUUUCUCUGCUUCCUCGGAUAUAGAGCUUUGUUAGAUCAUGAAAUAGCAUUCGGUGAUUGAAACUUGCUUUUGAGAAGUUUUGUCAUUAGAUUUCUGUAAAUGAUAAAUAUCUUCAAGCUUUGCUGGUUAGAUCCAUUUGUGACUGUGCAAUGUGCAUCAGCCAGAAAGUGACAGCUUCGAUAUAAGUUUCUAUGCAAACUCAAUACUAUGCGCUACAAAAUCUAUCGUUAAUGGAUUGUCGAGUUCAUAGGACUGAAGAGAGGAGAAGCCAGUGUAGCUUUUGCAGUGAAUAUGAAAGAAAUGGUGGAGGUCAGUCUUUGGGCGGCAAGACUUUCUGAGGAGCUGAAGGGUCUCUUCUCUGGGAGGAAAGGAAACAUCAACUUUGAUGUUCAUGGUUGUAAUUUGGCAUUGUAACAAAUGAUCCUUAGCUUCACAGCAGAAGGUUGCUGGCAGCAUAUCAAGAAAAAUAUGAAGUGGCCAUCGCUUUAUGUAAUCUCAUACUAAAUGAGCUUGAUGUUGGUGAAUUUCAUUCCUUUGAUGUCAUUUCUGUCAGCCACGGUAGGUAAGUGGAAUCCUCUCGGGUAUCUUGGAAUUCAGACAGAAAAAUAAUAUUUUGAAGGAGCUAGUUUUUUCAUUGUUUUUCUUGUUGAAGAGAUGUUCUAUUCUGAUUUCGCAUAAAGAAUGGAUCGCAGAUAACAAUUUGUUCA